CACAGUGAUCCGAUCCAUCGACMGCGAGAUUACCUGCUGACACAAGUGAAUCUUGCGAAAGCAUAGCAAUUCCGAAACGGAAAAUAAUUGUCUUCCUGCUUCUGAGUCGCUACGGACCAGCCGUUAUCAAACGCCGUGAAACGUUCAACGAAAAGUGACCGAACCAAUUCGAUUUACGAUGGAUCCUAUGACGUUCAAUAGAAUUAAGGGAGAAUUACAACAACAGCAUUUUAAAAGCGAGAAAUUUGAUGUCUUGAGAUCCAGUAUUUCGAUCUCGUAUGGUUAUAUUUCCGCCGACCAAGUUGCCGAGCURGUGAGGGAAUUUUCUUUUGACGAUGAGAAACUUGAAGCGGUGCAAAUAUGUGUUCCAAAAAUGUCACAAGCGACUUGUGGGCAAGUGGUUCCGCUCCUUAGUUCGUUUAGCUUCGAUAAGAGUAAAGUGAAGGUGGUUGAAUCAAUCGCACAUAUCAUUGUCGAUCCUGCCAACCACCAUGAACUGGACAGAGCAAUCACUUUUAAUUCUGAUCGUGAAAAAGCCAGGGAUGCCAUUCUUGCUCGUCAGCCAAUGGGGGCUCCUCCACCUCAUCAUCAUCAUCAUCAUCCUCAUCCUCACCACCCACAACCGCCGCAUCAACAUCAUUCACCAUACCCUGGAAACUACCCGGCUGGUCAGGUACCACCUCCAUGCAACCCACACUAUCCUCCUGCGCCAGGGUAUUCUCCUUAUCCAGGAGCACCUCCCCCCAUGGGACCAACAGGUCCAGCUGGCUUGGUCAAUGCUGCUGCUCAUGCUGCCGUCGAUGGKCUGACUAGACCCUUUGGGCCUCCRCAUCAYGGACAUCAACCUCCUGGUGCCCCUGGCUACCCGUAUCCUGGCUAUCCUCCGUAUCAUCACUGAACAUUUCAUUGUUAAUGAACAAAGUUGCUUUGAGUAAAAUGCUUUUCCAUUUCAGACCACAACUAGCCUAUUUACAUGAUUAUUUACAUGUGAUAUCGAUGUUCUUAGGAUAAGUUUUUUUAUCUCUUAAGGUAAAUUUGAGAGCAUUCUUCAUAACAAUGAGAAUAAAAAACCUUUGUACCUUA